AUGGAAGAUUUGUUUGACAUUGACAAAUGCGUAACCAUAUCAGAGUUAGUUGAUACAGAUUUUUUGGUCAAAAAUAACGUUGCAGAGGGGUUUGAUGAAAAAUUUGAUUCACUUUUCGAUGAAGUUACAAAUAAUAAUGAAGGCGAUGGUUUUGAAGCGAUUGUUUCCAUUAACAAAUCCGAUAAAACUGCAGUAAUUACUCCAAUAAUUAGGGCCAAACAUUUAGUAGAUUAUGAAUCAAGUGAAACAGAGUCUGAAGAGAGUCUAAAAGUCGAAAUCGUGAGAACUCCUCAUCCAAAGGUGGCUCCAAAGACUCCGCGACCAAAAAAACAAAGAAAUGCUACUCCCCAUUCUAAAAAGUUUAUAAGUUUAAUGCGUCAGAAGGUAGUUGAAGAGUAUGAAGAAACUCUUAGUGAAGAUGAAAAUAUUAACGAACCACCUAUUAGUGUAACUCCCUCUGGCAUAGAACGGUUAGAAGUUUCAGAUUCUCAAAAAGAAGUGACGACGCCAACUUCACAACUACAACACCCUCUAAAGCUAACGCAGGCUGUCACAACUAGCACUCCAACGCAUCCAGCUACAGGGGGAUGGUCGUUAUUUCAAGAACAGGGAGCUGAUUCACCGCUCUCCGAAAUUGAGACUACUGAAAAUCCUGCACAAAGUAUUGAUAACGACCCAAAAAUAGAAUCGGAUAUUGUGCAGCCUAAACUGAAAAGCAUAAUUGUAACAGAAAGCCGUAUUCGUAUUGGUAGUCAAGAUAGCUCAGAAAAACCAAGUACUUCCCAGGAAACUGGAAAUAGUACUGAGACGUCUGUGAAAGCAAAGAAGGUUAAAUUUGCGGAUGAUACUAUUUUCAAGCCGGAAACAAAGUUCAACAGAGUGUAUAGAAAACCUAAGAGAAUGUUAACUCCAGGCCCACAAAGGCCACGAUUUUGUCAGAAUCCCCGCUUUCAAGCGCUUAUUAAUCGAUUCGAAAGCCAAGCGAGAACUCCAGUGCAAACCAAACGAGAAAAACCUUCUGAAACAACACCACCCGUCGGUGAGCACAACAUGCAAGCGAGGGCAAUAAACUUUAAAGAAGAAAGCUCUGCCGUUGAAACAGAAAGCCACUCAAGAGAAUCAAAUGAAUUAUUCAGCACUUGUAUAGAUACUCCCGCCGAACCGAUCAACAACGCUAUAGCAACACUGACUGCAAACAUUGCUGGCACUUUACAAACAUGUCUCAACUCCGUUUUACGAACAACUGAGGACGAAACUGAAAUACAAUUCAAAUUUGUGAUAACAAAAAAGAAGGUCAGUGUGAAAAGGAUCGCAGAAGAUUGCGCGGAUGUGGAGGAAAAGAGAAAUAAAAUUGACACAGAAUCGGAAACAAAUAGAGAAAACAUUUGGUCGUCGGUAGCGAGGGCGGUCAAAAAUGUCUUUUGGAGCGAUCAAGCUUCUCUUUCGCCGCUGAAAACGUUCGGGGACAAUGAUUCCACAACGUCAUCUGCAUCUAAACGUAAAUGUGAAGAGAUGUCGGACUGUGAGAUCAGUCCGCUAAAUCAUAAACGUCAUAAGUACGAGGGACGCAUCCGUGGCCGUCCUCCACUUAAAAGAAGCAAGUCUUGGGGGGUUAACGGCUCGUGGGGUCUCCCGGCGUUCAUUUGCGACGUUUACAUUGCCAUGGACGUCACGUCUUCCACUUCCAGUAUAUUCAACCUGGUGGCUAUUUCCGUCGACAGGUAUAUCGCUGUUACACAACCAAUAAAAUAUGCAAAGCACAAGAACAAUAGACGUGUGUGGUUCACCAUAGUCCUCGUAUGGCUUAUUUCUGCUGCCAUCGGCGCCCCGAUAGUACUCGGUCUCAACGAUACACCCGACCGCAACUUCGACGAAUGUCUCUUCAACAGUCAGAACUAUGUAUUAUAUUCAUCGAUUGGAUCUUUCUAUAUUCCUUGUAUAAUGAUGAUGUUUCUGUAUUAUAAUAUAUUUAAGGCACUUAGAAAACGAGCGAAAAAGCAACGAGCUGCUAAAAAGCCUCCCAUUUCCGGAGAUCCUCUAACCGGUGUGACGACUGCCGUUGUCAUUGAGAAUGUUGCGCAGACGAGGCAACUGGCAGAAACCGCCUUACACGACGACCGGCCAACCAACACCGGUUCAGGAAGCAACGAGGAUGACCACGAUGACAGUUUUGACAAGAGAUCUGGAGACUUGGAGGCUGAUGUGAACGAAUGCCACGUGAUCCCAAAUGAUAAAUCCACAGAGUUCAUGCUAGCGUCUGUAACUGAAGAACAAACAAAGACAACCAAGAAAGGCCUUAAAAUGCAAAUUAUGCCCGACCCGAAUGGAAAUAAUGAUUCGGGUUACGCAGCUUCUAACUUAGAAGAUACGAUACGGGAACACGUAACUCCGCCGGGAUCUCCGGGAUUACAGGGAGCCACGGUUUUACGGAAUAUGUCUUGCGAUUCAAAGUGGAGGAAAAACGGAAAAAUGGCAAGAAUAGAUACAGACUCAAGAAAUGCGUCGCUUGCUCUUCGGUCUGAUGAUGAUCACGAAGUCAGCCAAUAUGAUCUCCGUGACGGUACAACCUCCAAAAAAGAAAGAAAAGCCAGCGCUGCAACAGCUCGCUUUACCAUCUACAAGGCUAAUAAAGCCAGCAAGAAAAAGAGGGAGAAGUCCUCGGCUAAAAAAGAGAGGAAAGCUACAAAAACGUUAGCCAUCGUUUUAGGUGUAUUUUUAUUCUGCUGGGCUCCAUUCUUCACCUGCAACGUUGUAGACGCCAUCUGCGGAAAGUUUGGACUACAAUUUAGUCCUGGUGUCACGGUCUUCAUUCUCAACACUUGGCUUGGAUACAUCAACUCGUUUCUCAAUCCUGUCAUCUACACAAUCUUCAAUCCAGAAUUCAGAAAGGCGUUUAGAAAGAUUCUAAAGUGCAGUACCUAG